AGUACAUAUCAUCUUGCUAUUUUCUUCGUUUUGGAAUCUCUAUAUAUGCUGUGAUUCUUUCAAAGUGCAAACACCUGAUCUCUGUUCUUAAGCUGUCCGUAUUCUGCUCGAUUAAGCUAUGGGGCAGUAUUGGGAUCUUGUGAAUACAGACCGCCAUGAAGGGGUACAUGGUGGAAAGCUAGGAGAGAUAAUACGGAACAAUGAGUUCUCAUGGGUUUGGUCUCUCCUCGUUCGGCCCGUGGGUUACAAGCCGAUGGAGGCUCCGAGAUAUUAUGAUAGCUGUGGAAACUGUCGAACGCCAAAGCUGAUCUCCCAAAGGCACACAUUAGGCCUACUGCAGAAUGUGCCAGAUGAAAUAUUGCUCACGAUCUUCGAGCUGGCAGACACAGCUGAUCAGAUGGUCUGUCUUGGUCUCACGAACGUCUACUUGUUUUACUUGGCCUAUGACUGUGUCCAACACCGUCGCAUGAUAGAACAAGCUCGGUGGGCCGGGCAAAGACUCACGUGCAUAGGCGACUACUCUCACCUUGAGGACACUGCCGCCGGUGUCUUCAGCGAGGAAGAGAAAGGGCAUAUUAUGAAGACAUUAGCUGGCCCCCCUGACAUGGACGACAGUCUUUAUUAUUACUUCACGGAUGAUCUUCGAAGACCGGUUCCACCAUGGAUUCGUCAUUUCGGUGUUAGCUUUGACUACAAUUACGAACUCAUGAGUCUGCUGACGCAAAUUGUGUCAAUGCCAAAGUAAUCCAUGCGUGCUACCGUCAACUGGGCCAUCCAAACCUCGUUGACGAAUCUGAGGAAGCCUGGGUGUUAUGCAAUCUUUCCAAGAAAGCGUACGUGGAGGUAGAUGCGGUGGAGAAACUUCACGAAGCUCAUCCUUACCGACAUGACCACUGGGUGAACAUAUUCAAUCUACUACUGUCCAAGAUCUGCUGGUCAUCGGGCGAUUCGGUAAGCGCGACCUGUCGGAAGACAGGGCUUCAUCGUAGUGCCUGGGCUGGCGACAGGUUUGAAGUGACUAAACUGGACAGACUGGCGGCUUUAGAGACAGAUUCUGCAUGGACCAAUGUGACGGCUGAAGCAAUCGCAGACUUUGAGGAUCUGUCGUAUGCUAAUGCAACUUAGACUGGUGUACACAAACUCGUAUUGGCUGUUUUCAGACGAGCUCACACCUGAAGACGUUCCGUCCGACCCAUGAGUAUUAGCGUUAUGCUGCCGCUGUAACUCAAUGUACAUAGACGUUAACUGAUUCGUCAUUCUUGAAUAUGUAUAUGUCGAAACCCCUUCAGUAAUGUAAUCCCCUUUGCUUU